AUGCUGUACCUGGUCGGCCUUGGCCUCUCCGACGAGACGGACAUUACCGUCAAGGGCCUCGAGGUCGUCAAGAAGGCCUCGAGGGUGUACCUGGAGGCGUACACCAGCAUUCUGCUCGUGGACCAGUCUGUCCUGGAGAACUAUUAUGGACGGUCGAUAACAAUUGCCGACCGCGAAAUGGUCGAGUCGAACAGCGACGAGAUACUGCGCAACGCCGAGAACGAUGAUGUUGCCUUUUGCGUCGUUGGUGAUCCCUUUGGAGCUACGACCCAUACCGAUCUAGUAAUCCGAGCGAGAGAACUGGAGAUUCCUGUCCGGACUGUGCCCAAUGCCUCGAUCAUGUCUGGCAUCGGCGCCUGCGGCCUGCAGCUGUACAACUUUGGCCAAACUGUGUCCAUGGUCUUCUUCACCGACACCUGGAAGCCCUCGUCUUUCUACGACCGCAUCAAGGAGAACAGAAGCAUUGGUCUGCACACCCUGGUGCUCGUCGAUAUCAAAGUGAAGGAACAAAGCCUGGAAAACAUGGCCAGAGGCCGGCUCAUCUACGAGCCCCCGCGCUACAUGACCGUCGGGCAGUGCGCGCAGCAGAUGAUAGAGAUCGAGGACGAGAGAAAGGAGGGCGUGUACACGCGCGAUAGCCUGGCAAUCGGCGCCGCCCGUGUCGGUGGAAAGACAGAGAAGUUUGUCGCGGGCACGCUGGAGGAGCUCUGUAACACAGACGAGGAGCUGGGGCCGCCUCUGCACAGCUUGGUAUUGCUGGGGAGACGAGCGCACGAGUUGGAGCACGACUAUGUCCGCGAAUUUGCGGUCGACAAGGAGAAGUGGGAUAGAAUAUGGAAAGAAGACUAUGGCAAGCAAUGA